GAAAUUCACAAACCACUCUGAGGUCCGGUUCUGGCGCUGACACACGGCCCCUGAAGGCCGAGUCCCUGGCACAAAACACCAAGCGUUACCGUACAUCACUGUCUAGCUUAAGCUAAGCUCUCUAGCUAGCUAAGCUUCUACGCUAAGUGCUCGCUCUUGGGCUCCCAUAGGGCAAAGACUACGGCUUUUCUCUUUUCAAUAAAGCGAAAGAGCCGUUACGCUCUUGAAGUAGCUCAAGAACAAGGACGUUGCUGAUCACUUUAGUGGUAUUUAGAAGAAGAAGAAGAAGAAGAAGAAGAGGAGGAGGAGGAGGAAGGAGGCAUUGCUUGCUUGAAGAGCUAUGGCCAGGGGAUUCAGGCUUAUCUUUGCGUCUUCACUUUUGCUCAUGCUUUUAGAUUUCUGCAGGGGAAGCACGAUUGGAGUUUGCUAUGGAAGAAAUGCCGAUGACCUCCCCACACCUGAUAAAGUGGCCCAGCUGGCUCAACUACAUGAUAUUAAGUAUGUGAGGAUUUAUGACUCCAAUAUCCAGGUUCUCAAGGCAUUUUCGAACACCGGAGUUGAACUUAUGAUUGGAAUUUCAAAUUUUGAUUUAUUGCCAUUCUCCCAGUUCCAAUCCAAUGCAGACACUUGGCUGAAGAACAGCAUCCUUCCAUACUAUCCAGCCACAAAAAUCACAUACAUAACUGUUGGGGCUGAAGUUACAGAAAGCCCCAGUAAUGUCUCUGCCCUAGUAGUACCUGCCAUGAAAAAUGUCCUCACAGCUCUCAGAAAAGUUGGUUUGCACAAGAAGAUCAAAGUUUCAAGUACCCAUUCCCUUGGGGUUCUGUCCCGAUCAUUCCCACCCUCUGCAGGGGCUUUCAAUAGCAGCCAUGCUUUUUUCCUGAAGCCUAUGCUGGAGUUUUUGGCUGAGAACCAGUCACCUUUCAUGAUAGAUAUUUACCCAUUCUAUGCUUACAGAGACUCCCCCAGCAAUGUGUCUCUAGACUAUGCUCUGUUUGAAUCAUCCUCUGAAGUUAUUGAUCCAAACACUGGUUUGCUGUACACAAACAUGUUUGAUGCCCAGAUAGAUGCUCUUUAUUUUGCACUGAUGGCUCUGAAUUUCCGAACAAUUAAAAUCAUGGUCACUGAAACCGGUUGGCCUUCCAAAGGUUCUCCCAAGGAGUCAGCUGCUACUCCUGAUAAUGCUCAGACUUUUAAUACUAAUCUGAUUCGGCAUGUCAUUAACAAUACUGGUACUCCUGCAAAGCCCGGACAGGAGCUCAAUGUUUAUAUCUUCUCUUUGUUCAAUGAAAAUAGGAAGCCUGGGUUGGAAUCUGAGAGGAACUGGGGACUAUUUUAUCCAGACCAGACGAGUGUCUAUAGCCUGGAUUUCACUGGCAAAGGUGCUGCAGUAAUGACUACAGCGGCAAAUGUUACCAGUUCAAAUGUAACAACAUGGUGCAUAGCUUCAAAUAAGGCUUCUGAAAUGGACUUGCAGAAUGCCUUAGACUGGGCAUGUGGUCCUGGGAAUGUGGACUGCACUGCUAUUCAGCCUAGCCAACCUUGUUAUGAACCAGAUAAUCUAGUCUCACAUGCAUCUUUCGCAUUCAAUAAUUAUUACCAGCAAAAUGGGGCUACCGAUGUUGCUUGCAGUUUUGGAGGGACAGGGGUUAAAGUUGAUAAAAACCCAAGUGGCAUAAACUCCUUGAGAGUUAUUGGAAACUUAGUAGACAAUCAACCAGAUAGCUCUAAUAGAAUAUGAACUCUUAAAUAAAGAGCUUAGAUUUAUUUGAUGUGCAUAUGUUUGGCUGUAUCUUAACAUGACCAAUAAUGCAGACUCAAGGGCCUUUCCUUGUUAUUUUAACUUGUUAUAUGAUGCUGGCUUUCUUAUUAUGAAGUUGCCAUUUAUCUGUGCCUUUGGUUUGUGAAUGGUUUGGCAUAUUUGAUUAGGAUAAUGAAAUUGACAAAUAGCUUAACAUAAUUCUGUCAGUUUUACCUGCUGUCUUUAUCAAAACGUCCAAACUGCUGAAGUAUGUUUUGGUUUUCACCCUCUCACUAAUGUAUUCUGCAAUUUGUCCAACUUCAGCCGUUAAGAUAGAUAAAAAAUAGUUGAAAAUGUCACACAUGGCACUAUCUUGGCUAUUGUAUAUUAAUGAAUGGUGCACGUUGCAAGACACGUACUAAUGGAGGGUGAAAAAUGUAUUUUUCUCAUAUGUGACGUCUUCUUAGGAAGCUUACUAAACUACUA